AUGGCCACUUCAAUCAACCUGAAUACCAUGCAGCCACAGGCCAUGCCUCCCCCAACAAAUACCACCAACGAGGCUGCUAGCCAGCCCAGCCCUCAAAAAGCAACAAAAAGCUGUCUAAAAACUCAGACGUCGACAGAAGGAGUCGACGAAGAGGCAGAUGGCGGGAAGAGCACCGGCAAAGAAGACGCAGACACAAACGCACCUGCCAUGGCCACACACAUGAACAUGUCAGGUGCUCUUCAACGCAAGAUGUCGGAGCUUCAAGCUAGUGGCUGGAGACCGCCGGAAGAGUCAUUCGAUAGUGACGAUGACUACGAUGGUGUCGACAUGAUUAGCAACAGCGAUGACGAAGAAAAGAGUAUGAGAAAGGCCGAGGAGAAGUUGAUGGCUCAGGACGAAGACGACGACGACGAGCACAACGCUGCUCUGGCACGAAGACUUAGUUUGUCCAGCCAAAACAGCAACCAAGCCGAGCUGGCCUACCUCGAGUUCAAUGACGACUACCUCUUAGGCGAUGUCCCUUUCUCGCAGCCUUGGCUCGAUGCCGACGAGAUUAUGGCCGCGCCCGAGCUCUUCCGUGAGGGAAGNCCCCUGACGAGAACCGAGAGCGAACAGACAGUGCCCCCUCCGCGUCGUGUACGCUUUGAGGAGAGAGCAGACAUGUCUGACGAAACCGACUCGGACAACGACAGCGACUUCUUCCCCGAUCUCUUCAUCCAACAAGACCACCUCGACCCGCGCUUCAGACGCUUGAUCGAGAAGGAUGACGACCACGAGUUGUACCAGGACGACAGUAGUAAUGCCGGGUCUGAAUGGGACUUUGAGGCCGAUGAGAUGAGAAUGCUACUCAUGGACGAGGAAGAGGAGGAAUCGGAUUCGUCAGCAGGCUCCAGCGGCUACGAAUCCGAUGAUGGUGACACUACUGACGAAGAGCCCAUGCCUCCCCCACCCAAGAGAGCUUCCACCGCACCUACAAGCCCCAAACAAGAACAANNGCGCACCCCUACACAGCCCAAGAUGGGGACAUUCAUCAUCGACCCUCACCGCCCUGUUCUCACCAUUGAUGGUGUUGGUGUUUCGCAAAAGAGUACUUUGUGGCCUGCGAAGAUUCAAUCUGCUGCUGACAAGCAAUUGUGGGAGCGCAUGCACAUGCUGAGCAACACCAACAGCCGUGCUACUAGUCGUACCACCAGCCCUCGCCAGUCGGUUCAACUGACUCCUUCUGGCGAGAGCGACGCCAUGAGCAUCGGCGAGGAGAACGACUUCUUCGACUCUUUCGGUGCCCUUCGUACCGAUCAAGUCAUUGGUCCACCAGAAGCUUUUACUCCUUUUGUUGAUGUCACUGCUUCUGGUGCUGUCAUCCACGACUUUGGUGCUGCGCUUCCUGGUGCCGAAGCAGAAGAGGAACAAGACCCUAUGUGCUUCUUGAACUUUGACGACGACGAGGACGAGGAUCAAGACAUGCCUGACGAGUCUGACCACGCCGCCUCACCUACCACCCAGUCUUUCUCUUCUCAAGUCACCAACACUACGUCAUCUCAACCUGGCGGCUUUGAUCUGCUCGCCCAUCUCGAUCGUCACGGCGUCGUCGGCUCUUUCCGCCGCAACCAACACUUCGCCAAAGCCGUUGGUUCUCUGCCCUCGCAUCCUGCUCUCAGAGCUUCCAUGUCCGAGACAAACGCCAUGCAGACAGGUCGUCGUGCUGCAGCCAACACACCCAUCACACCUUUGAGANNAAAAAAGAAGGCAAAGGGUGUCGGAGCUCGCAACUCUCCCAUGACUACCACAAGCCCUCUAACCAAGAGCCCUCCUUUCAAGAAGAAGGGACCCAUCAGAGGCGGCUUCAGCCGUCGCUGA